AUGCAAGCUGAGUUUGACGCCUUACACCACAACAACACUUGGGAACUUGUCAGUCGGUCCUCUACUCAAAAUUUGGUUGGCUGCAAAUGGGUUUUUCGAAUCAAAAGACACCUGGAUGGCUCGAUUGAUCGGUACAAGGCUUGCCUAGUCGCCAAAGGUUUUCACCAACGCCCUGGUUGGGACUAUACAGAGACAUUCAGUCCGGUAGUUAAACUGGUCACCAUUCGCAUUGUCCUCACUCUUGUAGUUCGUCAAGGAUGGUCCAUUCGCCAACUUGAUGCCAACAAUGCAUUUCUUCAAGGGACGCUCAAAGAGGAAGUUUUCAUGCUCCAGCCCCCUGGUUUUGUCAACAAAAGUUUCCCUGAUCAUGUUUGCCGCCUCAAAAAGGCACUCUAUGGGCUAAAGCAAGCACCUCGAGCCUGGUAUACAGAGCUUCGAGUGUUUCUACUCUAUCUUGGCUUUGUCAAUUCAACUACAGAUGCAUCUCUCUUCAUCCACCAAAAAUCAGGUUCCACACUAUAUUUGCUAGUAUAUGUUGAUGACAUCAUUGUUACUGGGAGUUCCUCUACAGAGUUGUCCAACCUUAUAUUUACCCUUGCUGCUCAAUUUUCACUGAAAGACCUUGGUUGUCUUAACUAUUUCUUGGGCGUCGAAGUAAUCCCUUCCGCUACAAGACUAUUUCUUUCACAAAGGAAAUACAUCACUGAUCUUCUCCAUAAAUUAGGCAUGGCUAACACCAAACCAGCAUCCACUCCCUUGUCCGCCAGUACUCAAUUACUCAAGGAUUCAGGUGAUCUCCUACCUUGCCCAACUGAGUAUCGUGCACUCGUGGGAAGUCUUCAAUACUUAAGUCUUACUCGCCCGGACAUUGCCUUCAGCACCAACAAACUUGCGCAGUUCAUGCAACACCCCAGAACGACGCAUUGGUCUGCCCUCAAACGAGUGCUCCGUUAUUUGGCAGGCUCUUGCAACAAAGGUAUCUUCAUCUCGGCAACUGCUCGACUAACAUUUCAUGCUUACUCCGAUGCAGAUUGGGCGGGUGAUAAGGAUGAUCAUAUCUCUACCACUGGUUAUUUGCUGUAUCUUGGUAGCACUCUCAUCUCUUGGAGCUCCCGAAAACAACGCUCUGUUGCUCGUUCCUCAACUGAAGCAUAA